AUGAGCCAGCUCGGACAGGUCCGUAUUGGGCACAAGGCACCGGACUUCCACUGUGAAGCAGUUAUUGGAGGUGCAAUCAAAGAAGUGUCUUUGAACACAUUCAUCCGCCCGUCAAAAUUGCCGAGCACACCCGAUCCGAACGCCCCUUGGUUGCUGCUACUCUUUAUACCUGCUGCCUUCUCUUUUGUUUGCCCCACUGAGGUCAUUGCGUUCCAGAAUUGCUAUGACGAGUUCCGUGACCGGAACUGUAGCAUUGCUUUCAUCUCAGUUGAUACGAAGCAUUCACUGUGGCAUUGGCAAAAUGUUCCACGCCAGUACGGUGGUCUAGGCAACAUCGACAUACCUUUGCUGAGCGACGCAACCCACAAGAUUGGUAGAGACUAUGGUGUGCUGGUGGAGGAAGAGGGCGUCUGCUUGCGAGGCAUGUUCAUCAUCGAUGGUGAGGGGCGUGUACAACAGAUCACGUUGAACAACCUGACAGUCGGCCGCAGUGUAUUGGAAGCUUUGCGUCUGCUCGAGGCUUUCCAGGCCGUUGCCAAACACGGUGUUCUCUGCCCUAUCGACUGGAAGCCGAGCGCGCACGCCUCGGAUACAAUGAGCACCAUAUCGAACACGCUCGUCGAAUCUUACGAGGAUCGACUGGCCAAUCUGCAAAAAGAGUUUGGUGAUGUACCAGUCACCAAUCUAGACGCUAAGCAUAGAGCGCCUACCGGUACGGACGACAUACCACACGCGGAAUUCGUGCAGACUCCGAGACCGAAGGUUAACAUAACUCCCACUGAGUCUUCGAACGACGUCACUCUAACAAGCUCUGAUGCUCGGGACCCGCCAGCAAGCCCUGGUCACACCAAUUGCGUCUCACGAGUAGACAGAGAAACUUUUCAGGAGCAACCUGUGCGUUCGAUCUCAGACGAGAGGAAGCUCUCACGUCCUCCGAGCCCGGUCAUCACGGUUGCUACUCCCGUAUCAACGCCGAACACCCAGGAGCGGACUGCCCGUCACAAUAGAGGCCGCUACGCCGCGCACCAAAACCAGACAGCGCACUCUGCAAGCUCAAAGCGACCAGCACACUCGGGUCCGCACCCGCUCACGUACGAGUCCAAGGGGGGUUCGCAUGUCACGUUGGAGUUCGCGGAUCCGACUGCUAUCGCCAUGGUCAACCCGAGCGUGGAGAAAAAAGCAAUACGCCCGCCGGCGAUGAGGCAUAGAGCGACCAGCCCGCCGCCUCGCGUGUCCACCACAAACGGAAGGACUGCACCGGUCCUCGGUCGGGCGAUGAGCUGGAGCGGUGGCUUCCUGAAGCGCGAAAACAGCAGCGCCGGUACGCCUCCGCUUACUCCCACGCAACGCAGCGGCAGCCCGGGCCCGGGCCAGACGAGACUGCAGGCUACGUUUCAGGCAUUCAGGAACAUGGGUGCUGGUCUGGGUAGUCCGAGGGUCGAUGCCAGUCCCAGCAAGCAGGGAGAGAGGAAUCGGGGGUACUUUGAUGUUACGACCGAGGAGCCGGAGAAUCAGGGCGAACAGAGUUGA